CUUUGGUUUAAAAAACCCAAUGAAUGAUUUGUAUCUCAACACCGUACCCUUACACCCUUACUCUAUCUUUUCACUAUGCGCACCGCGGCUCCCCCCUCUCUAACCCUAGCAAGUACUCUGUUGCAAUACCAUUUCAGCACCGCCGGUCGAGUAGCAGGCAGGAGUCCAUCAUCCACCAAAUGCAUUCAAUCGGCCUCAAAUCACUCAAUUAUCCUUCACCGUCUUUCUCAAUCGCAUCAAAGCCUAAGUGUAGCAGGCUGCUAUACGGAAGAACACAUCUUACAAUAAAGAAGUUAUGUGUAAAUUUAGAAGUGACAUACACAAGAAGUCUUAGCAGUGGCCAUGGCUCUUCUGAAAGUCUUCAAAGCUCAAGGUAAUAUACUGCUGAAUGUAUGUUUUCUAUUACAAAAACUCUUUCAUCUGUUUGUAGUUCUAAGUGCAGUGAAAGUGUUUUCUUUUCUCUUUUUAUAUAUUUUAACAAAUAAAAAUAUAAACUGGACUUCAAGAACAUUUGUGUGGUGAGAUAGUUUGUUUCAUUCUUGAUGCCCUGAGUCCUAUUUUUUAAUUCAUUACAGAUUUAUUGUGUUCCAGAAAUGAAUUCAAUUUGGCUGGAGGCUUUUAAGAGUUAACCAAUGCCUUCUAUGUAGCUGAAAGUGUUAUAUCUAACAAAACAAAAGCUGCAAUGUCCAAGCUUCUUCUUGCAAUCCGAUACUUGCAUUCAAGCCUCGUUGAUAACUAAGAGAUUACACUUGCACGAACAAUUCUUAUCCCAUCAGACAUAUAGUUUUAGCUUUCAAAUAUUUUGUACACAUUUUCAACAAUACUGAUGUGGUGUAUGAUUUUUUUUGGAAUAUUCUUAUGAUACACUACAUUUUAAUGUGGGUUAUUAUUAUAUAUGUAGUACUUCUUAUUUGUUUGCUAUUAUGAUAUUAUCUGAUA